GAGUCUGGGUUCCCAUGCAUGUGAGGCAAGCAUCCUACCAUCCUACCACUUGCUAAAUUUCCAGCCUAAUUUUUACUUUUUAUUUUAAGAAAGGGUUUCACUAAAUUGCCCGGGUUAGCCAAGCUGAUCUUGUCUCCUGUCUCAGGAUCCACAGUAGCUGGAAGCACAGAUUUCACCACCACACCUAGUUCCUGUGUGUCUUUAAACUCCUUUUUCUCGUUUUAUUUUUGUUCACCAUUUUAGAUAGUUUCUUUAGCUGAACCCUCCACACCACUUGUUCUUUGAUGUAUCUAACGUGACUUGAGUUUUAAAGAUUAGGUAAUUUUUAAAAAAAUAAUUUAUUUUAUUUUAUGUGCAUUGGUGUUUCACCUCACAUGCCUGUGUGAGGACAUCAAGUCCUCUGGAACUUGAGUUACAGUGGGAAUAAGCACCUUUCACACCGAAGCAUUUCUCUAGUCCAGACUUCAGCAAUUCUGGCAAACAUCUGAGUUUCUCUCUCUCUCUUUUAAAAUUAUUUUUUAUUUUUUGUAUAAAGGCAGGUUUAUAGGGAAGCUGCUUUCUGGUGGAUGGAUGAGUUUAUGGGCCCCAACUGAGGCCAGGGAAGUUGCUAUGGGGAAAGGGGGAUAGGGCAGGGACAGAAAAAGAGAAGGGGGCACGUGCACGCAGAGAGAGAUGAGGAGAAGGGAGAAUCCAAAGUGUCCGGAUUAUACAGCUUAAAUUUUUAUUUAUUUGUUAUCUAUAUAUGAUGAAUAUGCUGUAGCUGUCUUCAGACACACUAGAAGAGGGCAUGGGAUCCCAUUACAGAUGGUUGUGAGCCACCAUGUGGUUGCUGGGAAUUGAACUCAAGAUCUCCGGAAGAGCAGUAGGUGCUCUUAAUCGAUGAGCCAUCUCUCCAGCCUGAGUUUCUCUCUCAUAAUCAGUUUUCUAUCUAUUUCGGUAACAGACCAUCUUAAUUUGGUUUCUUUCUUUUUCUCCCUCUUUCUUUCUUUCUCUCUCUCUUUCUUUCCUUUCCCUUCCUUCCUUUCUUCAUUCCUUCCUUCUUUUUUUUUUUUUUUUUUUCUUUAGACAGAGUCUAGCUCAAGUUGGUCUCACACUCUGGACACUUCUCCUUACCCCUGUGAGUACUGGGAUUACAGAACCAUGUUUUUUUGUUUUGUUUUUGUUUUUAAAUGGUAUUUUUUUUUUUUUUUUUUUUUUUGGUAGCUCUUGUAUUGUUUAACUCCAGAUUCUUGUCUGUUUCUCCUAAGUACAGGUACAAGAAGUGUGUGCCACUAUGGGCUUGGCUAUCAGUCUUAAUUUUAAUUCUAUGUAUGGUCACACACAAUGAAAGCUCUAUUUUCAACUUACCUACAAAGAAGAAAGGGCUAUACUAAGUUCUCACAAGAGAACUUAGAUAUGCAUUAGUGGUGUGCAUAGCUAUUUAGAAAGUUUGUUGUUCUUAUUUUUGCUUUCAGUACUGGGUAUUGAACCUAGGGCUUCCUGCUUAAGAACCAGCCUUUUUCCAAUUUAGGUUUAAAAGCCAUCUUAUAGUAAAAGACAAACUCGGUUCUCUCUUGUUUAUGAUUAAACUUGUUUCUCAAGGACUGGGCUAUGUCCCACCUGUAACCUUAACUACAGAUGGUUCUGCUCCUUGUCUUUGUUUCUAACCAUCUUGCAACCCUACCUUUGUUUCAAAAGGUUAUAUGGCCACCUAUGACAACCUUGUUCUGACGACCUGUUGUUAUGACUACCUUGUUAUGCCCACCUUCCAACCAUAUCUGUUUCAGAAGGUCUUUAAGACUAACUUGUGGGGGCUGGUAAGAUGGUUCAGUGGGUAAGAGCACCCGACUGCUCUUCCGAAGGUUCGAAGUUCAAAUCCCAGCAACCACAUGGUGGCUCACAACCACCCGUAACGAUAUCUGACUCCCUCUUCUGAAGUGUCUGAAGACAGCUACAGUGUACUUACAUGUAAUAAACAAACAAACAAACAAAUAAAUAAAUGUUAAAAAAAAACCCUUUAAAAAAAAAAAAAAGACUAACUUGUUAUGAUGCUCUGCUCCUGUAGCCCUGUCUACUUUGGAAACCUCUUCCUCCUAAGCUAUAAAAAGCCUUGUUUCUUCACAUCCAAUGCUGACCUCUUAAACCGUGCCUGGGCAUCCCCUGUACACAAAUAAAAAAGCUUCCUUUAAUUAAUUUGGCCAUGGUGAUUUGGGUCAGUGGCCUUUCUCCUCUCAUUUUUGGGAUUAACACUGCCACUGAGCUACAUUCUCUUUUGUUUUGGAAACUGAGUCUCACUCUGUACCCUGAGCUGGCUUCAAACUCAUGGUAAUCUUGCCACAUCAGCCUCCUAAGUGCCGAGACAGUGUUUUUCUCUAUAGCUCUGGCUGGCCUAUAAUUAAUUCUGACUAAUGUAAUGAGCAACUUCUCAAGUUCUUUUGGCUAUCUGGAUAUCUUUGAAGAAAUAGUGAUUCAUAUUCUUUUCUCAUUUUACAAUGUGGAUUGUCUUUGUACUAUUGAGUUCUAGAUAUGGAAGAGAUCUGACUUACAGAUUGUUUUCUCAAGUCCAUGCUCCCCUUUCACACGUCUUUAGGUACUUCUCAGCCUCUUUUUAUUUUAUUUGCAGACUACAUAGUGCAGGGUGAUUUCAUGCUCACAUUUUGGCCAUCAGAGUGCUGGAGCUAUAAAUAUGAGCCAUUAUAUUCAGGCUUUUCAACUUCUUUGUUAGGGUCUCUAUUAGUUGGUUAGUGCUGCCAUACCACAGACUGAAGAUGGCAUCUUUGAGGAUUACAAUUUCAAAAACUUAAUUCAAUCCAUAUAACUCUGUUCUCCAGGCCAUCGGAUUUAUGUCCGCCUCAACUUAAAAAUGCAUUCUAUUUAUUCCAAGAGACCAUUUACAUCCACAUGAACUCUAAAUUCAAAAUCUUAUCUAACUAAAUACAGGUUAAAUGGGGUGUGGUGUCACAAGUCUGUAGUGCCAGCAUGUAGGAGGUUGAGGGUUUAUAGGGUAUCAUUUGAGCCUGGUUCAAGACCAGUCUAGGUAAUACAGUGAGGUUCCCAUGGGGGGCACCUAAUAAACAUUUCCCCAAAUUAAAAACAAACAAAACAAAGCGAGGUUAAAUUUAUUUAUUUAUUUAUUUGAGGGGGGGGUAGGUUCAAGACAGGGUUUCUCUGUAUAGCCCUGGCUGUCCUGGAACUCACUUUGUAGACCAGGCUGGCCUCGAACUCAGAAAUCUCCCUGUCUCUGCCUCCCAAGUGCUGGGAUUAAAGGUGUGUGCCACCACCACCCGGCUGAGGUUAAAUAUUCUUAAUAAAAAAUGUGGAAUGUUUCAAAAGCUGAAAAAUCCUGACCACCAGUAUGGUACACCAGUGGAAAUUUUCACAUUAUAAACUCCUGCUUUAUGAACAAACUAAAACUACUGCAUGAGCCAGGUGGUAGCAGUGCAUGCCUUUAAUCCUAGCACUUGGGAGGCAGAGUCAGACUGAUCUCUGGGUUCAGGGCUAGCCCAGUCUACAACAGUGAGUUCCAGGAUAGCCAGGUCUACACAGAGAAACCCUGUCUUGAAAAACCAAAUCCAAAUCAAACCAACAACCAAAAAAACUUGCAUUAAGUGCCUUUCAGGAUAUAUUUGCUGAUAAAGAUAUACAUGAAAUAAAUUAACUUUGUGUUUUGAAUUGGGUUCUGUCCUCGAUACCUCCUUAAGUGUAUCCUUUUAUCUUCUCCCACCCCCAAAUUGAAAAACAGAAUGGUCCCAGCAUUUCAGAUAAAAGACAUUCUGUCUUUAUAUUAUCUAAACUAUAUAUGAGUGAUACUGGAGAUGGGUCAUCCUGAGGCAAAAUCCUCUCUAGCUAAGAAGCAGACCAGUUACACACUUCCAGGAUACAAAGCUGGGACAUACACAGGACAGAUAUUUUCAUCCCAAAAGAGAGAAACUGGAGAAGAGGAAGGGGACCAGGUGCCAAGCACAUACAAAUCCCCCGGGGAGUGCCAGGUGUAGUGUCACUUGCUUGCAAUCUCAUCAUUAGGGAGACUGGACCAGCUACUGUUGUGAAUUCCAGGACAUCCUGGACCAUGCAUCGAACAGAUAAACAAAACCCCCAACAGAGACACAUACACCUAUAGCAAGGCAAGCGCCUCUUUACUUAUUAUACAGAGAAGUAUCUGGAAAAACAGCCCAUAAAGAAUGGCUUGAAUGGGUGAGUACCUAGAUAUCUAAGAAAUGAAAUCUCAAUUUCUCAAUUUCUCUCUCUCUCUCUCUCUCUCUCUCUCUCUCUCUCUCUCUCUCUCUCUCUCUCUGUGUGUGUGUGUAAGGAACCAGAGUAUGACAUCAGGUGUCUUCCUCUAUUGCCCUCUGCCUUGUUGCCUUGAGACAGGGUCUUUCACUGCAUCAGAAGCUCAUCUUUUGGGAUCAAUCUGUCCUCCUUCUGCAGUGCUGGUGUUACAGAUACUUGAAGCCAUGCCUGGGUUUUAUGUGGGUGCUGGGGAUUCAAACUUAGGUUCUCCUGCUUGUAGAGCAAAUGCUCGUAUCCACUAAGUCAUCUUCCCAGCCCCAGAAACGAAAUCUUUGAAGAUUCUUUUCUGGCUGCUGAAUAGUCCCGUUUAGCUGCACACUCUCUAACAAUUGGCUGUCAUAUGUUAGAUGUACUGAAGGGGAAUCAGUUUAGUGUGCCCAAGGAGCUGUAAUGACCCAAGUGCAUUUUGGAAGGGAACAAUUAGAGAAUCUGGAAAGGACAAAAUAUAGUUUGGUGGAUGAACGUGAAUACUACAGGAUGGGGGAAGAUGUUAAUGGGAUUAGGAAGAGUGUAAGCCGGUUAAUUAUGAUGGUGGGAGGUUAGGGAUGAGUAAACCGGUGAGUCUUAGCUCCUCUCAUCUCAAAGGCAUUUCAAAUUAGCUUAAUAAGCGCUGUGAGUAUGGGGAUGAGUGUAAUUCACACCACCCUUGGAUUUUCGGCUUAGAGAUAGCUUAUCUACAUUUUUAAGAUUAGUAACUAUGUGUUGCCCCCACCUCCGUAUUUUUUUUUUUUUUUUUUUUUUGGCUUGCUCUUGACAAAAGGCAAAGGUUGAAAUUCAGCAGCAGAAAACUGGGCUGUCUAAAAUAAGGUAGCAGCUGCUUUGUAGUUCGCCUUGCUUGGUGUGAGGGCUAAAUAAAAAAGGUAACGCGGUGAAGCAUUUGGCACAGUACACUGCAUGUGGACAUCAGGUUCCGCCCACACUCUUCCUCCCUGGAAUGAUCCUUGCAAAAAAAGCCACCUACUGAGGCGAGGGUCUUUUGCCAUGACCGCUUGGACAGCCCAGAUGACUCAAGAGUAUUAUUGCCUUCCACAGCCUCACAGCGCAAAAGCCAAGGGUGAGAGAAGCUAACUUCUCUUGGACAAAGGGUGUCCAGGCAGCCGUGGCUCUAAUGACAAGCCCUGAGCUAUUUAUUUCCUAAGGUGGCGGCCGUCCCAGGGUUCGGGUAACGGGCUUGCCAAGGAAGGGGCGGGGCGACUCCAGGUUUGGGAAAGGCCACUCCACUCCUGGGGCUUCCAGCAGUCCACGUCCUACGGCAAGCAGGAGGAGACAAACGCCGCCCCUCCUCGUCCGCACCUUCCUCGCUCAAUAUCGCGGCCCGGGCUCCCGGUGGACGCUCGGCCGUGGGUGUGGGUGUGGGUGUGUGUGUGAGGGGCGGCGCUACGUGUGGCGCAACCCUGCCUCGGCACCCAGUUACCUUCGCGGCCUCGGAGCGCCGCACUUGUCGAUCCUGGCGCGCGGUCCCGUGGAGCGGCGUAGCGGGGCGCUUCCCAGUGGGACGAGGGAAAGCCCAGCGGCCCGGGAGAGCGGGAGGCGGGGCGAGGGCGCCGCGCGGGCGACAGGGGGUGGGGCUAGGUGUGCGCGGGGGGCGGGGCGUGGUGACGUCGCGGGCGCCGGUCGUGCUGUGGCGGUGGCGGCGGCGGCGGCGGCUGUGGUAGUGUCGGCGGCAGGCUGUCCGGGAAGCAGUAGCAGCAACCGCAGCAGCAGCGGCGGCCCUGAGGAGAGUAAGGCGGCCGCGUCGGCAGCGGCUCGCUCGUCAGGCGGAACCUCGAUCUGCCCAGAGGUCGCAGGCGCCGAGGCAUUUGUCGUUUCCUACCCGGCUCGGCGCUCCCGGCCCUGGCUGGGCAGGGCAGAGCGCCCCUGGGGAGGGGCGGAGCUGUAGGAUGGUUUUGAACUCACUACAUAGCUCAGGCUGGCUUUAAAUUCACACCAGUCAUCUUGUUUCAGCUUUUCCAAGUGCUGGGAUUCCAGAUAUGGCAUAAGAUAUUUCUUCAAGAUUGGACAGCUGCUGGCCUGCUACUUCUGUUAGCUGUAAGCUGACUUUAUAGCCAUAGAGAAACCUCACAGAAUCACAUUGUUGUUUUUUUCUUCAUACCAUUUCUGGCACCUAAGUUCACCCUGCAACCAUGUAUGGAAGUGCUCGAUCAGUAGGGAAGGUGGAACCAAGCAGCCAGAGUCCUGGGCGAUCACCUCGGCUUCCUCGGUCCCCUCGCUUAGGUCAUCGGCGAACAAAUAGUACAGGAGGGAGUUCUGGAAACAGUGUUGGAGGUGGCAGUGGGAAAACCCUUUCAAUGGAGAAUAUACAGUCCUUAAAUGCUGCCUAUGCUACAUCUGGCCCUAUGUACCUAAGUGACCAUGAAAACGUGGGUGCAGAAACACCUAAAAGCACCAUGACACUUGGCCGUUCUGGGGGACGCUUGCCUUACGGUGUUAGGAUGACUGCUAUGGGCAGUAGCCCCAACAUAGCAAGCAGUGGGGUUGCUAGUGAUACCAUAGCAUUUGGAGAACAUCACCUCCCUCCUGUUAGUAUGGCAUCUACUGUACCUCACUCUCUUCGUCAGGCAAGAGAUAACACCAUCAUGGAUCUGCAGACACAGCUGAAGGAAGUAUUAAGAGAAAACGAUCUUUUGAGGAAAGAUGUGGAAGUAAAGGAGAGCAAAUUAAGUUCAUCAAUGAAUAGUAUCAAGACCUUCUGGAGCCCAGAGUUAAAGAAAGAGCGGGCCUUGAGAAAAGAUGAAGCUUCCAAAAUCACCAUUUGGAAGGAGCAGUACCGAGUUGUACAGGAGGAAAACCAGCACAUGCAGAUGACAAUCCAGGCUCUCCAGGAUGAGCUGCGGAUCCAGAGGGACUUGAAUCAGCUGUUUCAGCAAGAUAGCAGCAGUAGGACUGGGGAGCCUUGCGUGGCAGAGCUCACAGAGGAGAACUUCCAGAGGCUGCAUGCUGAGCACGAGAGGCAAGCCAAAGAGCUGUUUCUUCUGCGGAAGACCCUGGAGGAAAUGGAGCUGAGGAUUGAGACUCAGAAGCAGACCCUAAAUGCUCGGGAUGAGUCCAUCAAGAAGCUUCUGGAGAUGCUCCAGAGCAAAGGACUUUCUGCCAAAGCUACAGAGGAAGACCAUGAGAGAACGCGACGGCUCGCAGAGGCGGAGAUGCACGUCCACCACCUCGAGAGUCUUUUGGAGCAGAAGGAAAAAGAGAAUAAUAUGUUGAGAGAGGAGAUGCACCGGAGAUUUGAAAAUGCCCCUGAUUCUGCCAAGACAAAAGCCUUGCAAACUGUUAUUGAAAUGAAGGAUUCAAAAAUUUCUUCCAUGGAGCGUGGGCUCCGAGACCUGGAAGAGGAAAUUCAGAUGCUGAAGUCAAAUGGGGCUUUGAGUAGUGAGGAGCGGGAGGAAGAGAUGAAGCAAAUGGAGGUGUACAGGAGCCACUCAAAGUUUAUGAAAAAUAAGGUAGAGCAACUGAAGGAGGAGCUAAGUUCGAAAGAUGCUCAAGGGGAGGAGCUGAAAAAGAGAGCGGCUGGUCUUCAGUCUGAGAUUGGCCAGGUGAAACAGGAACUGUCCAGAAAGGACACAGAAUUACUAGCCUUACAAACAAAGCUAGAAACUCUCACGAACCAAUUCUCAGACAGUAAGCAACAUAUUGAGGUGCUGAAAGAGUCCCUCACUGCUAAGGAGCAAAGGGCUGCCAUCCUACAGACUGAGGUGGAUGCUCUUCGAUUGCGUUUGGAAGAAAAAGAGACUAUGCUGAAUAAAAAAACCAAGCAAAUCCAAGAUAUGGCUGAGGAGAAGGGCACCCAGGCUGGAGAGAUCCAUGACCUCAAGGACAUGCUGGACGUGAAGGAGCGGAAGGUCAAUGUCCUCCAGAAGAAGAUAGAAAAUCUUCAGGAACAACUAAGAGAUAAAGAAAAGCAGAUGAGCAGCUUGAAAGAGCGAGUCAAGUCUCUGCAGGCGGACACCACUAACACAGACACAGCUCUGACAACUUUGGAGGAGGCUCUUGCAGAUAAAGAACGGACAAUUGAACGCUUAAAGGAGCAGCGGGACAGGGAUGAGCGGGAGAAGCAGGAGGAGAUUGAUACCUACAAAAAAGACCUCAAAGACCUGAGAGAGAAAGUCAGCCUGCUACAAGGAGACCUCUCAGAAAAGGAGGCUUCUCUCUUGGAUAUCAAAGAGCAUGCUUCUUCCCUGGCUUCCUCAGGACUCAAAAAGGACUCGCGGCUCAAGACCCUAGAAAUUGCUCUUGAGCAGAAGAAGGAAGAGUGCCUAAAAAUGGAGUCACAGUUGAAAAAGGCGCAUGAAGCAACAUUGGAAGCCAGAGCCAGUCCAGAGAUGAGUGACCGAAUACAGCAAUUGGAGAGAGAGAUUUCCAGGUACAAAGAUGAAUCCAGCAAGGCCCAAACAGAAGUUGACCGUCUCUUGGAAAUCUUGAAAGAAGUGGAAAAUGAGAAGAAUGACAAAGAUAAGAAGAUAGCUGAGUUGGAAAGUCUCACCUCAAGGCAAGUGAAAGACCAGAAUAAGAAGGUAGCAAAUCUGAAACACAAGGAACAGGUGGAGAAGAAGAAGAGUGCCCAGAUGCUGGAGGAGGCCCGCAGAAGGGAGGACAGUCUCAGCGACAGCUCUCAGCAACUGCAGGACAGUCUCCGUAAGAAGGAUGACAGGAUUGAAGAGCUGGAAGAAGCACUGAGAGAAAGUGUACAGAUAACUGCAGAGCGUGAAAUGGUGCUGGCACAAGAGGAAUCAGCCAGGACCAAUGCUGAGAAACAGGUGGAAGAGCUGUUGAUGGCUAUGGAGAAGGUGAAGCAGGAACUGGAGUCCAUGAAAGCUAAGCUGUCCUCCACCCAGCAGUCUCUGGCCGAGAAGGAGACGCACCUAACCAAUCUCCGGGCAGAGAGGAGGAAACACUUAGAGGAAGUUCUGGAAAUGAAGCAAGAAGCUCUUCUGGCUGCUAUAAGUGAAAAGGAUGCUAACAUAGCUCUUCUAGAGCUUUCCUCCUCAAAGAAAAAGACCCAAGAAGAAGUGGCUGCACUGAAACGGGAAAAGGACCGCCUGGUGCAGCAGCUCAAACAGCAGACACAAAAUCGAAUGAAAUUAAUGGCUGACAACUAUGAGGAUGACCACUUCAGAUCCUCCCGUUCCAAUCAGACGAACCAUAAACCCUCCCCAGACCAGAUCAUCCAGCCCCUCUUAGAACUUGACCAAAAUAGAAGCAAGUUAAAGUUGUAUAUUGGACACCUGACAGCCCUCUGCCAUGACCGAGACCCCUUAAUCCUCCGUGGACUCACUCCACCAGCUUCUUAUAAUGCAGAUGGUGAGCAGGCAGCUUGGGAGAAUGAGCUGCAGAAGAUGACUCAGGAGCAGCUUCAGAACGAGUUGGAGAAAGUUGAAGGGGACAACGCCGAGCUGCAGGAGUUUGCCAACACCAUUCUCCAGCAGAUAGCCGAUCACUGCCCUGACAUCCUCGAACAAGUGGUCAAUGCCCUGGAAGAGUCCUCCUGA